CAAUUCAGUCAUUUUAUGCAAAUUCUUACCUUUGUUAUUUAUCUGAAGUCAAGAUCUCUCUCUGUCGCUCUAACCUCGCAGUCUUUCUCCCAAAUCUCUCUCUCUCUAUCUCUCUCUCUCACACACACAUUCUUUCUCUCUCUAAGAAGUAAGAACUCUGGAAGGGAGGGGGAGGAAGGAAGUAAGAGGAUGGAUUUAAGCAUGGUGUCGUACGGUCACAUGGAGAGCGGCAAACCCGAGAGGGAGAAUGGAGGAGGUGACGAGGGUGGAAUGAGGCCGGUCGAGGCGAACCGACGGUUCGUGGGUGAACCAGUGAUGGAGCAGGUUAGCAGCAGUAAUGGAAGGAUGAUGGGUUCCGUGGGAAGGGCUAUUAGGUACAAGGAAUGUCAGAGGAACCACUCGGCGUCGAUCGGUGGCCACACCUACGAUGGGUGUGGGGAGUUCAUGGCGGCGGGUGAGGAAGGGAGCAAGGAGUCUAUGAGGUGCGCAGCAUGUGGUUGCCACAGGAGCUUUCACCGGAAAGAAUUUCCCGGUGGGUGCACGGCCGAGUUCCAGCAGCGGUACCUGCAUCACAUCCAGUCUCCUCCGCCACCGCCACCGAUGGUGCUGUACAAUCAUGUAGGACCCGCACAGAAUCCUGGGUGGGAGAGGCCGAAGAUGGGUGGUGGUGGAGGAGGAGGUGGUGGGUUUCCUCCUAUUCCGGCAUUUCCAGUGCCAGUGCAUCAACGUGUGCCUGUUGUUGGUGGUAUGGGAGCUGUUGACAUGAGGAAUCUGCAGUAUCAGCAGUAUCAGCAGCAGCAGAGUGAUCAAGAUCGACGGUCGGAGACGCCGGAGGAAGGCGAGGUGCAGAUGGGAUCGUCGGUGAAGAACAAGAGGUUCAGGACCAAAUUUACGCAGGAGCAGAAGGAUAAGAUGUUGGAGUUUGCGGAGAAGCUUGGAUGGAGAAUACAGAAGCAUGAUGACGUGGCGCUCAACCAGUUCUGCUCGGAGGUUGGAGUGAAGCGUCACGUGCUCAAGGUUUGGAUGCAUAACAACAAGAAUGCGCAGCGCAAGAGAGAGAAUUCAGCCACACCAGCAGCUGGAGUUGCCGCUGCCGCUGCAACUGAACUCAUCGGCGUCUGAGAGCUAAUCGAUAAAACCAACCAACCUCUUUCGCUUGCUUUGUUUAUUAAAUGAUAAAUAAAUAUUUAGAGAUAGUUUCGUGUUUGUGUAUUCCUGUCAUUCUAACAAAACAUUCUCCCAUCUAUUCUAAACAUCUCUCUCGCUCUCUCUCUCUCUCUGAAGCUCUUCAAACUCAGGUAGGUCUGUCUGUAUUAGUUAAAGUUGUUGUUUUUAUAGUAUCAGAAGCUUAACUAAGUA